GCAUUUGCAGGAGUAGCGGCAGGGCACAUUUGUUUUCUCUAGGGUUAAAAUUAAAAGUCCAAAUGAUAAUUUUGUUAAAAGUUGGGCCUUACUUGGCCCAACAAAAAUAUUAUAACUUGACCUAAUAUUCUCACACACUACUCACGCCUUUCUUUGUUCUUGUUGAGUCUCGUUGCUGCUUGCACUCACCGUCGCUCGCUAGUUUUGCUUAUAUUGUCUAUAUGCGUGUAUUGUAAUCAUGUGGCUACCAAUAGGCUCUUCCUGGAACUUUUCCGGCUGUUGUUGCUGUAGCAGUUCGUACUCUCUUUCAGAGGAUAGUUGAUUUGGAUAUGAAAUGUCGAACACGUCUAGUCCUUUGCUUCUCACACCAUUUAUCAAACUUCCAGUUCAUCUAGCCAUGGGAAGAGUGAGCUUAUGUUCAAGACCUCCAGAACGUGUCUGUGUCCAAGAGGUUUUGGAGAGGGAAAUUCGCUUGUCAUACCAGAACAAAGUUAAGCAGCAAUCAGACAAAUGUAGAUUCCAUAUUGAUUCCAUUCAGACGUGGCUUUUAGUGGAGGAGUUGAACAUUUUCUUUUUUCUCCCGCGCACUCACUUGAAGAGAAACUUCUCAACCCCUUCUCUCUGCACAGUCGUCGUUUGUCUUCUCACCGGCAAGGAGUGGUUCUAGAUGGCGAAGGGUUUUUUAGUCGAAAAUUUGAACAUUUUUUCCUUUCUCCCCUGCACUUACUGGUAGUUUCUCUUCUCACCCCCUUCUGUUGUCGCAGUCGUAGUUUCUCUUGUCAUCGGCAAUGAUAAUGGUUUUUGGAGUGGUUCGUCUAGCGAAGGAAGAUAGCAGAAGACGUUGAGCGCAGAAGAUAGCAUAGUGUGGCGGAAUCUCUGUGGCGGCUAAACCUUGAAAGGCUUAGGGUUUGCGGACGACGGGGUUUGUUGACGACGGGGUUUUAUUGACGAUGGGCAUUUGCUGUGAAAGGGAGGGCAUUUGCUGUGGAAGGGAGUUGUGACGAAGCGUCUCCUCCAUUGUUCAACCAUUGUUUUCAAAGGUUGCAGUUCUACGAAGGACGGGAUUUGUAGGAGAUUAGAGGUGUGAAUUGUGCAUAGGUGCGAAAACAAGUACAUUGUUGAAGUAAACAAUGUACUAAAAGACACCCACCGUAAGCGGAUUCAGGCAACACCAUUUAGAUGGUGUUUGGAGAUGGACAACGCAUUGGAAAUAAAUUGUCCUUUUGUUGAUUGUUUAAUGUCUUCAAUUUUUAGGCUACUUAUUUUUAACUUUUGUGUUUCUGUUGUUAAUUUUAAUUUUCAUGACACUACGUGUUUGGAAGGAUCUACUACAUGUAUGAUAUUAAACUUAUUUUAUCACUUUGAUAUCCAUGUAAUUCACUGUCAGUUCAACAACAAAAGUUGAUGAUC